AAUCCCUAAAAGUAUAACCUCAAAAUCAAAUUUACACCAAGUGUUACAUUAAGUUAUGAAUUUUUCUUUAACUCGCAAAUUCGCGGUUAGAAUCUUACACAACUGCGUAUUUCGAAAGUCGAUAUUAUCCAGAAAUAUAAUGAACACGUCCGCGGCUCUCCAAAAAGCCAACGAAGAAUUGGAAGAUAAUCCGUACUAUAAAAAGUAUGCGGAUAAAAUCGCGAAAUUGCAACAAACAUCACCGGAGGAGUUUUUGAAUAGGAUUGAGAAAAGAAAGGAUGUUAAAGAGGCCGAAAAGCCGAAGGAGAAACAAUUUUCCUCAUUAUUACAACCGAAAAAAACAAUUUCUGAAUCAAAACAAGUUGAAAAUGAACCUUUGGAUAAGAUUAUGAAGGUGGAUUUGAUCAAAGAUAAAACUGCCGAUGAGAUCAAAACAAUUUGGGAGGCCUAUCAUAUUCAAAAAGAUGUUAUAGCGGCCACAAUUCCAACAAAAGAUUUUAAUACGAUUAUUGAGGAAUCGAAAAAUUGCCCGAUUUUUUUAUUCCCAAUUCCGAGAAGUCAAGGAUUUGAAUUUAUAAUGUGUGAAUUUCAGGGAAACUCAGUUCAUUUCACACCAUUAAUUUGCUACCAAGUUCAUAAAGAAAAUUCGCCGGAAUGUUUAACGAUCAAUCACUACACUGAAUUUAAAGAUGAAAAAGGGAUUGUUUUAAUGCGGGGUGAAUACGAUAAAAAUGUUAUUACCGGGAAAGAAGCGCAAUGUUUAGCUAAUCAAUUACAGCUUUAUUACGAUAAAAGGGAUCCAGAAAAAAGCAAAUUAUUGAAAAUUUUUAGUCAAAACCCUGAUGAAUUUAAACAUACUGAUUUAAUAAAACAAAUUGAAAAUAUUUCGUUAGGUUAAAUUGUUUUAUUUAAAAUUAGUUUAAAAAUACUUAAU